AGAGAAAGAGAGAGAGAGAGAGAGAGAGAGAGAGAGAGAGAGAGAGGCGGAGAGGGGGAGAGGGGGAUCUGUUGCAGGCAGGGGAAGGCGUGACCUGAAUGGAGAAUGCCAGCCAAUUCCAGAGACACACAGGGACCUCAGAACAAAGAUAAGGCAUCGCUGACACCACACCGGGGAGCUAACAGACAAGUCUGGCAGAGAGGACCAAAGCCAGGCAGCCAGGAGAAGGCAAGGCAGGAAAAUGAGGUGGCUCCUUUUCUACUAUGCCCUGUGCCUUUCCCUGUUGAAGUCUUCAGCCCACACUGUGGAACUAAAUGAUAUGUUUGGCCAGAUUCAGUCACCUGGCUAUCCAGACUCCUAUCCAAGUGACUCAGAGGUGACUUGGAAUAUCACUGUCCCAGAAGGGUUUCGGAUCAAGCUUUACUUCAUGCACUUCAACUUGGAAUCCUCCUACCUUUGUGAAUACGACUACGUGAAGGUAGAAACUGAAGACCAGGUGCUGGCAACCUUCUGUGGCAGGGAGACCACAGAUACAGAACAGACCCCUGGACAGGAAGUCGUUCUGUCCCCUGGCUCCUUCAUGUCCAUCACUUUCCGGUCAGAUUUCUCCAAUGAGGAACGAUUCACGGGCUUUGAUGCCCACUACAUGGCUGUAGAUGUGGACGAGUGUAAGGAGAGGGAGGAUGAGGAGCUGUCCUGUGACCACUACUGCCACAACUACAUUGGUGGCUACUACUGCUCCUGCCGCUUUGGCUACAUCCUUCACACGGACAACAGGACCUGUAGAGUGGAGUGCAGUGACAACCUCUUUACCCAGAGAACCGGCAUGAUCACCAGCCCUGACUACCCCAACCCCUACCCUAAGAGCUCUGAAUGCUUCUACAACAUCGAGCUGGAGGAAGGUUUCAUGAUCAGCCUGCAGUUUGAAGACAUUUUUGACAUUGAGGACCAUCCUGAGGUGGCUUGCCCCUAUGACUAUAUCAAGAUUAAAGCUGGCCCAGUGGUUUUGGGGCCUUUCUGUGGAGAGAAAGCCCCAGAACCCAUCAGCACACAGACCCAUAGUGUCCAGAUCAUAUUCCGCAGUGACAAUUCUGGGGAGAACCGCGGCUGGAGGCUCUCAUACAGGGCUGCAGGAAAUGAGUGCCCAGAGCUACAGCCUCCUGUCCAUGGAAAAAUUGAGCCCCUGCAAGCCACAUAUUCCUUCAAAGACCAAGUGCUCAUCAGCUGUGAUGCAGGCUACAAAGUGCUGAAGGAUAAUGUGGUGAUGGACACAUUCCAGAUAGAGUGUCUGAAGGAUGGGACAUGGAGUAAUGAGAUUCCCACCUGCAAAAUUGUAGACUGUGGAGUCCCAGCAGGGCUGGAACAUGGGCUGGUCAUCUUCUCCUCAAAGAACAACCUCACUACAUACAAAUCUCAGAUCAGAUACUCCUGCCAGCAGCCCUACUAUAGGAUGCUUCACAAUAUCACAGGUACAUAUACCUGUUCUGCCCAUGGGACCUGGAUAAAUGAAGUACUUGGGAGAAAACUGCCCGCCUGCCUUCCAGUGUGUGGUCAGCCCUCCCGUUCCCUGCCAAACCUGGUCAAGAGGAUUAUUGGAGGCCGGAACGCCGAGCCUGGUCUUUUCCCUUGGCAGGCCCUGAUAGUGGUGGAGGAUACCUCAAGGGUGCCAAAUGACAAGUGGUUUGGAAGUGGGGCCCUGCUCUCUGAGUCCUGGAUCCUCACAGCGGCUCACGUGCUCCGCUCCCAGCGCAGAGACAACACAGUGAUACCAGUCUCCAAGGAGCAUGUCACUGUCUACCUGGGCCUGCAUGAUGUGCGGGACAAAUCGGGAGCUGUCAACAGCUCAGCGGCCCGAGUGGUGCUUCACCCAGGCUUCAACAUCCAGAACUAUAAUCACGACAUAGCUCUAGUGCAGUUACAGGGGCCGGUACCCCUGGGACCCCAUGUCAUGCCUGUCUGCCUUCCAAGGCCUGAGCCUGAAGGCCCAGCUCCACACAUGCUGGGCCUGGUGGCCGGGUGGGGCAUCUCCAAUCCCAAUGUGACAGUGGAUGAGAUUAUCAGCAGUGGCACACGAACCUUGUCAGAUGUCCUACAGUAUGUUAAGUUACCUGUGGUACCACAUGCUGAGUGCAAAGCCAGUUAUGAGUCCCGCUCAGGCAACUAUAGUGUCACGGAGAACAUGUUCUGUGCCGGCUUCUAUGAGGGCGGCAAGGACACGUGCCUUGGAGAUAGUGGUGGGGCCUUUGUUAUCCUUGAUGAGUUGAGCCAGCGCUGGGUGGUUCAAGGCCUGGUGUCCUGGGGGGGCCCUGAAGAAUGUGGCAGCAAGCAGGUGUAUGGAGUCUACACAAAGGUCUCCAACUAUGUGGACUGGGUGUGGCAGGAGAUGAACUCCCCACAAGGUGUGGGGGAGCUCCAGGUAGAGCGGUGAAUUGACUUACUUUAUCAGGACCUGCCUUCCCCACCCCAGUCCAAGUGAUGCUACAGCACACACUUCCGACAACGCACUCCAUGUUACCCAUCAGACCAAAAAUACUGCAACACUCUGACCUACCAGGGCACUAGUCCUCUUGAGUCAGCCCCAGGACCCUGAGAGGCAGCAGUGUGGUAAAGGGAAAAGACUCUGGACAAGAGACCUGGUCCAUGACUUUGGCUAAGUCCCUUCCCCUCUCUUGGCCUCAUCUCUCCAACAAUACAAUGGGAGCUAGACUAGAGGACCUCUGGCCCAAUCAAACACUCCUCAUCAGAGCAAGCUUUACUCUGGUUUUUAUUCACUCCUAACCACUUGUCAAACCCAUUGGGCCCCCUGUUGAUGAAAGAGAUCUUGGACCUGAUUGUUAGGAAAUGAUUUCUUACAUUAAACUAAAGUCUGUAUUCAUAUGUUACCCAGCACUUCUCUCUGGGCUUGCACCAAGUCUAGUCACUCCACUAGGAGAGAACCACUCAGGUUUGGGAGACAAAGAUCAGAGCCUGGAAGACUCUCUCUCAUCGUGUAACACCU